AUGGAUCAUGACGAGCGCAUAGACAGGGAAGUCCUGGAAAAGCAGUAUGAAAUAAUAAAGUGCGCCAAGUACCAGGACUUCAUAAGGCUCCAAAUAAUUAUUCAGCCCUACAUUCUAAGUAAUGACAUCGAUAUGCUCAACGCAAUUAACGUCCUCCACUGGGCGUGCUACUGUGGUUUCACGGAGCUAAUAAAAAAAUUAAUCAGUCUGAAUGUAGACAUAGACAAGGAAGACCUAGUUAACAACGACACAGCCAUCUACUACGCAAUAAAGAAUAGCCACUACGAAAUUGUCCUACUGCUAAUUAAGCAUUUCGGCCCAUCCAUAUUAUUUCACAAAAAUAGGAGAAAAAUGAGUCCCUUCCUAACAGCCAUUAGCGAAUUUAAUGAAGAUAAAAUUUUGGAAACUUUACACAUUUUGGAAUUACUGUAUCUGAACGGGGCCAGUCUGGAGGAACAAAAUGAGUAUGGGCAAACUGCCCUCUUCCUAUGUGUGAAAAGAAACAACAUAAGUACCUUGCAGUGGCUACUCAGUAAAGGUGUUAAUAUAAAUCAUAGAGACUUUUAUGGAAACACAAUCCUACAUAUCGCCGUCAAACACUGUGAUGUAGAUAUUUUGAGACUUCUCUGUGAUUAUGGAUCCCUAAAUUUGGUUCACCAUACAUCCAUGCAAAAUGACAAUACCAAUGUGUUCCAACUUUGCCUAAAGAACAGAUACUUCUUGGUUUAUAUUUUGUUAAAAAAAUGGAUAAUACAAGAUAAACUUUGUAAAGGAAUAAAAAUAUGCAAAACUAUAUACGCCUUUUAUUUUUGGUUUUUUGCCAUGUUAAAUUUGAUUGUCUAUUUGAACAUUUCCAGAUCGUUUUUGGUUCAUAAGAAGUAUCAUUCCUUGUCCAUCACUUGGCUAGCCAUUUGGCUGUUUCAACAAUUCCUUUGGUUCAUUCUAUAUUUUAAAAGCCCCGGAUUUUACAAACAAAAUGAAACACUUACUAAAAGGAACAGGGGAAAAAAUGCCCUCUUCUCCUACACCUAUGAUUCUUCCUUUAAAAAGAAGACCGAGUAUCAGCUAAACAGCAUAGAAAUGGAGCUAUACAAAAUAAACAAAAUAAUCUCUUCAUCCCUCAUGGAUCCGCACAAAAUGGAUUAUCAAAUCGAGGCAGAACACGCGAAGUACGAUGAACUCAUCGUAAACUUGGAGUGCCAAAAACUGUCCCUCUAUGCGAAGGUUUCCCAGGAAAGGGUUAACUCCCUGGACGUCGACUACAGGAAUGCCAUACUGUACAAUAGGAAUCCAAGGAACGUCUGCGUCACCUGCAACAUCGUCAAACCUCCGAGGGUGCACCACUGCGCUGAGUGCUUCCACUGCAUCGUACACCAAGACCACCACUGCGUAUGGGUUGAUAACUGCAUCGGGAUAAAAAACCAGCGCGCCUUCUACCUCUUCAUAUUUUCCAUGUUCGUCCUUCUGCUGUACAACUACUACUAUGUUUUCUUGUACUUCAGUUUGUUUCACAAGACGGUGGACUACGCCUUCGCCCUGCUCGUAAUUCUCUGCAACUUCAUCAACAUCACCCUCUUCGCCUUCAUAACAUAUUUGUUUGCACGCAACACGAGGACCAUUCUAACGAACAUUACUUUUUACGAGCACUUCAAAAAGCCGAGCCACAUAACGGAUAAUUACAACACCGAGUUGAGGUGCUGGGACUUCCAAAAUUUAAGCCUCAAGAAAAUUCUCAAAAACGUGUACUCCUUUUGGUCCCUAAAUUACGACGAGCCCUACCUAAGACACGGCAAAAGAACAACCGAUGAUAUUUACUACACGCUCAUUUCGGACAGAAUAUAG